UCUUGGUGCUUGAGCCCUGGAUUACGCCUGCAUCCACCUGGAGCCGUGCCUUGCUGUGCUGUUACAAGGGGUACCCCCUUUGGAGUGCGCUGACUUUGGGGUGCAACCUCCAGCCCUGUGCUGCUGAUUCCUGUGUGUGCUGACUGCAGGUAGUACUCUGGUCAACUUGUGGGUGCCAGAGGAUCCCUUGGACUUGCUGCACUGAGGGCCCUGGGCUCUGCUCAUUCAGGGAAGGGAGGCCCUCCAGGUCACACUCGACGAUGUCGCUCUCUGUGCGACCCCAACGUCGCGCCCUCGCCGCCAGGAUCAAUAGGAGCCAGUCGUUUGCUGGGGUGAAUUCAACGCAGGACAAGGCCUUCAGGAACCUCCCUGCCUUCAGCACCCCCACGGUCUCCCGGAAGUCUGGCUCCCGAGUCAGUAGGAUGUUCUCAAUGUCCCACAAAUCCCCACCACCCAAGGUGCCACAGCCUGAGCGACUAGACGAGGUGUACGAAGCACUGAAGAAGGGCCUGACAGCCUAUCUGGAGGUGCACCAGCUGGAACUGGAGAAGCUCAGCACCCAGAUCCGAGAAUCCAAGAGGAAUUCCCGCCUGGGCUUUCUCUACGACCUCGAUAAGCAAGUCAAGUCAAUUGAGCGGUUCCUGCGGCGGCUGGAAUUCCAUGCUAGCAAGAUUGACGAGCUCUACGAGGCAUACUGCAUCCAACGGCGGCUCCGUGAUGGAGCCCACAACAUGGUCAAGGCCUAUACAGCUGCUUCCCCAGGCAGCAGAGAAGCACGCGAGAGCCUGGCUGAGGCUAGCAAAGGCUACAAGGAGUACACAGAGAACAUGUGCCUGCUGGAGAGUGAGCUGGAGAGUCAGCUGGGGGAGUUCCAUGUGAAGAUGAAAGGACUGGCUGGGUUUGCAAGGCUCUGUGCUGGGGACCAAUAUGAGAUCUUCAUGAAAUACGGGCGCCAGCGGUGGAAGCUAAAGGGGCGCAUCGAGGUGAAUGGGAAGCAGGUGUGGGACAGUGAGGAGAUGGUGUUCCUGCCCCUCAUCACAGAGUUCCUCUCCAUCAAGGUGACAGAGCUCAAGAGCCUGGCCAACCACGUGGUGGUUGGCAAUGUCUCAUGUGAGACCAAGGACCUGUUUGCGGCACUGCCCCAGGUGGUGGCAGUGGACAUCAAUGACCUGGGCACCAUCAAGCUCAGCCUGGAGGUGACCUGGAACCCCUUUGACAAGGAUGAUCAGCCUUCUGCCGCCAGCACGGUCAACAAAGCCUCCACUGUGAACAAGCGGUUCUCCACCUACAACCAGAGCCCACCCGACACACCCUCCCUGCGGGAGCAGGCCUUCUAUAGCACAGCACGGGCAGCCACCAACAAGCACAGGUGGUCUUUGCUGGACAUCUUCCGUGAGACGCUCCUCGAGAAGCUGUCUCGGAGCUGCUCCUGCAGCGAUGUCUCCUCAGUCGAACUUGGGAGAUGUCCACGGCAGGGCUCUAACAUGCUGCGGCGACAGGAAGAGCUGGAAAAUGGCACAGCCUGGUCCAUCUCGUCAGAGUCGUCGGACGAUUCCUCUAGCCCCCAGCUGUCAGGCAGCACCCGCCAUGCCUCCCACAAACCCAUUGUGCAGCCUGAGGUGCAGGCCUCUGCUCCUGCCAUAGAGAUCUCCUUCUCCCAGCAAGAGGAAGCAGGAGCAGGUACCCCUGCUAUGGCUGAACCACCCAGUCAGCAGCAGGAGCCAUUCUGUGUCAGAAAGGAGGUGGUGGCAAAUGGACACGUGCCCUACUCCCGGACUCUGAGCCAAAUCAGCGAGGCCAGCGUUGACGCAGCAAUGGAUGGCAGGGAGCUCAAGGACACAGGGGGCACUAGUGCCCAUGUGCAGGAGGCUUCUCCAGCCCCUGAGGACUCCAGUGCCAGGGAGCUGCCUCCUUUAGAAAUGAACUCCCUCCCUGGGUCUUCAAAUCCAAUGCCAGAGACCAGGGUGAGGAAGGACAGAGGGCAGGAAGCUAAGCCCCGUGCGGCUGUCUCUUGGGCUGAGGCCUGUGUGCCCAUACUGGUGCAACCGGAAACAGCCAUGUGCCAAGCCCUGGCACCCCAGGUGUGCAAGGUGCCCCCGAGUCAGCCAGUAGUGUUGAAGCAGGUCUUGGAGGAGGAGAAACCAACCCCUGCGCCCACAGAGGUGCCAAGGGUGAAACCUGUGGACUCUGGCCUGGAUGAGGCCAUCAGCUCACUGAGCUCAGCCCUGGAUGACUACCGGGGGCAGUUCCCCGAGCUGCAGCCCUUGGAGCGGGAGCUGAAACGUCUGGAGGAGAUCCUCAUGCACAAGCAAGGCGUCUUCCUCAGCCGUGCCUCCAGCAUGAGCCUGACGGUGGAGCACGCGCUGGAGAGCUUCAGCUUCCUAAACACCUCUGACAUGGAUGACUCAGAGUGCUCGGAGGAAGAAGGUGGCAGGAGCGAGAGGAAGGUUGGUAGUGCCCGAACUGGGGAUGGGGCUCUAGGCAUCUGUGAGGUGAUGGCUGAGGACACUGGCAUCUGCAGCGGCUCUGAGGGAAGCACUGACCCCAUGAGCACUGGCAAUGAGUUCCUGGACAGGGCUCUGGUUCUUCAUCUCAAUAACUGCAACCUUCUGCUGCUGAAACUGGGCACGUUUGGCCCCCUGCGGUGCCGGGAGAUGUAUGCCCUGGACAAGCUGAUGAGGGAGGCACAGGUGCUGGAGAUCGUCUGCCAGCUGACGGAGAAGUCAGGGGCAGCUGGCACAGCCAUGGAAGUGGUGCAAUUCUCCACCCGGAAGGAAGGUGUGUUGCCCUUCUGGGAUUGCUGUGUGGAGCUGCCCAAUGUCUACACCUGUCCUGUAGAGAGGUUUCUACAGGCACUCAGUGCUCAGUACACAGUGCCCAUCAGUGAGCGGCAGCUGGGCUUGGCAGACUCAGUCUGUGUGAAGCUGGUGGAGGAUGUGCUGGAUCGUCGGCUGCCCAAGCGGCCUGGGAGCAGCCAUGGGGAACAGGUCACCAUCUUCCAGUACUGGAGCUACUUUGAGUCAUUCAGCAUAGAGUCCCUGGACUCCUAUGUUAUGGAGCUGGCUGAGGAAGUACUGCUGGCACAGAAUCUGAACUCAGAUGACCAGGAUGUGGUGCUGAAGGCACUGAAGCGAGUACCUGAGAGCCGGCUUAAGAAGGAGGGGCUGAAGGCCUUGAGCUCACUGCUUGUGGAGGGCAACAGCAAGGUCAUCAGCGCUGUGUCUGCUCAGCUGCGCAACCUGGCAGAAAACCCCCGCUUCCGGGAAAGAGCUUUGGUCUGUUACUUGGAACAGCUAGAAGAUGAAGAGGUGCAGACACGCAUCGGUGGAUGCGCAGCCCUGGGGUGUCUCAAGGCCAAAGAGAGCAUUGAGCAGCUGGUGUAUCUGUGCCAAACUGACAAGGAAGAUGUGCGGGAAGCAGCCAAGCAGAGCCUGAUGCUGUGUGGGGAGGAUGGUAAGUCUGCUCACCGCCGGCUGGAGGAAACCCUGGACAGCUUACCGAGGAUCUUUGCCCCAGGCAGCAUGGCCAGCACGGCUUUCUGAGAGAUGCCAGUACUUACCCUGAUCCCUUUGGGGCAGAGGCACCGUUGAGCUGCCCUAGGCUCACAUGGACUGGUCCAGACCCAGCAUGUCAUGGCCUGACACAGCUCCCAGGCCUUUGGAACAAUGAGCAGUAUUAGGACCUCCCCAGCAGCUCGCACAGCCCACUCACUGCCUUACGGAGCACAGCUUUCCCUCACACCCGGACACUGGGCUAGAGGGGGCUGCUGCAUACAUGAUGCCACAGUCUCUCUGGGGAUUGGGGCCUUGGACACUCCUCUCCUACCUUGCUUCUCUAUUUGAACUUGCUGGGUGGAGCUGGAGUUCAUGCACCCCCUGCAGGAGAUAAGAUUGGCAUAUGAAGGCUGCAUCAGGACUCCUCUUCUACUUGCCUUCCAGUAGCUUGCAAGCUGCUUGGCCUUCCUGGGAUGGACGUGCACUUUGAAGCUGUUAUUUCUUCUUGGGAGCUCCUUUGCUAUGGGGAUUGUCCCCAUUCAAUGCUUGGAGUUCCCAGGACUUAAUAAAACAAGACAUAGAUAUUAAUAUAUUCUGCUGGCAUUUCUUUUUUUCAGCUCCAAGUGCCUCCUGCCUACUCCUCCCCAGUGUUGGCUGCGGGGAGCACACAGCAUUAUGCAGGGACCCAGAUUGGAGCCUUCCCCUGGGGCUUAGCUGGUGGUUUUUAAGGCGUGCUGUGUAGAGGGCAUGGAAAGGAGGACCAGACAGAGGGACACACAGACAGAAGCUGCCACCUUUUUUUUUCGUUUUUUAAUUUAAUUUUAUUUUUUAUUUACAGAAUUUUUUUGCAGAAAAACAAGCAAAAAAUCCUUUUCUAUAAAGUCUCUAUAAAUCUAUAUAUAAUGUAAUUACAGAGAAUGGCUAAUUUUGAUUUAAAUUCAGAAAUAAAAAUAAACCUUUAA